AUGCGCCUGGCAAUCAGUUUCCUACGCACUCACAAGCUGCUGUCUUCAGUAUGUGCUGACAACGAGAACGAACUAGAGGCAGACCAGCAGAUGGACAACCUGUACCUGAAAGCUUUGGAGGGAUUUAUUGCCGUGGUGACACAGGAUGGAGACAUGAUCUUUUUGUCAGAGAAUGUCAACAAAUACAUGGGUCUUACCCAGGUGGAAUUAACUGGACACAGCAUUUUUGACUUCACUCAUCCGUGUGACCAUGAAGAAAUUAGAGAGAACCUGAGUCUGAAAAAUGUUUUAGGUCUGAGCUCUUCAAACUGCUCUUCAAUGGUCCAUGCAUCUUUGAUGGUCUCUGCAGGCUUUGGAAAGAAAAGCAAAGAGAUGUCAACCGAGCGCGACUUCUUCAUGAGGAUGAAGUGCACUGUUACCAACAGAGGCAGAACUGUCAACCUCAAGUCUGCCACGUGGAAGGUUUUGCACUGCACUGGACAAGUUAAAGUGUAUAACACUUGCCCUCCUCACACUCUGUGUGGGUAUAAAGAGCCUCUUCUCACUUGCCUUAUAAUAAUGUGUGAGCCUAUUCAGCAUCCUUCCAACAUCGACAUCCCCCUGGACAGCAAGACCUUCCUGAGUCGCCAUAGCAUGGACAUGAAAUUUACCUACUGUGAUGACAGAAUAACAGAGCUGAUUGGAUACCACCCAGAGGAGCUGCUGGGCCGUUCGGCAUACGAGUUCUACCAUGCCUUGGACUCGGAGAGUAUGACCAAGAGUCACCAGAACUUGUGCACAAAAGGUCAAGUAGUGACGGGCCAGUACCGGAUGCUCGCCAAGCACGGCGGCUACGUAUGGCUGGAGACGCAAGGAACGGUGAUUUACAACACGCGCAACCUGCAGCCUCAGUGCAUUGUCUGUGUCAACUACGUGCUGAGUGAAAUUGAGAAGAACGAUGUUGUGUUCUCCAUGGACCAAACAGAAUCACUCUUCAAGCCUCACCUGCUGGCGAUGAGCAGCGCCUACGAGAGCAGCAUCCCCAGCACCGAGAAGAGCGACUUCUUGUUUACUAAGUUAAAGGAGGAACCAGAGGAACUUGCUCAGCUGGCACCAACACCUGGCGACGCCAUUAUUUCCCUGGAUUUUGGGACACAGAAUUUUGAGGAAGCCCCUGCCUUCCCCAGUGUUGUUUUGGCACCAAACAAAACAUGGCCAGUGGAAGUGAAAAGCCACGCUGCUCAAGGUGAAACGCUGACAAUACCAUCCUUUACAAUGCCUCAGAGCGCGCCUGGCAGCAGCACACCAAGUGCAAGCAGCAACAGUAGCUGUUCCACGCCAAGCAGCCCAGGAGAUUAUUACAGUUCUGUGGAUGAAGAUCUUAAGAUUGAGGUGAUUGAAAAACUCUUUGCCAUGGACACAGAAUCAAAAAAUCAGUGCAACUCCCAGACUGACUUCAAUGAACUGGACCUUGAAACCUUGGCUCCUUACAUUCCUAUGGAUGGAGAAGAUUUCCAGCUCAGCCCAAUCUGCCAAGAAGAACGUCCCCUCUCUGAAAGUGCACAAAAUACCCAGCAGAGUCUAAGUAGCAUGAGUACCAUCUUCCAACCCCUUGCUUCUGCUUCACAGAAUCAGUUCCUCCCAGAGAAAUACUGCCCACAGCUAUCAAAUAAAAACAUGAAACCUGGUCACGGGUCCCCGUCAUCAGUGUUCUUCAACAACGUGAGUAGGUCGUCAUUGCCACCAUACCAGGACCAAGCCAGCACUCCCCUGUCUUCGAUGGGAGGAAGACCAAACACCCAGUGGCCACCUGAUCCCCCAUUAGAAUAUGUUCCUGCUAAAUGGAGACUCAUGGAUAAAUACUCAGGAUCCCUAUCAAGUUCCCCUUCAGGGCCACCAGUACAUUCUCCCAGUGUGCCCAUAUGUAAAAAAAGACCCCUGGAUGCUUUUGGGCAACGAGGCAUAGAUAUAAACCCAGCAAGAAUUGCUCUGUCUAACAGUUUGAAACUGAAGCGACAACUGAAUUAUGAAGAACAAGCAUUGCAGCAGCUGAGUGGGGGAGAUCCAUCUAUCAUUAACCCAUCUCACCUCAUGUGGAAGAGAAUGAAAUUUCUCAAAGGAGAAAAUUGUUCCUUGGUUACAGAAAAAAAGUCUCUCAGCACAAGUGUUCUUACUGAUGAUUUUGUCUGUAACUGGAGAAGUUUGAGUCAACCAAUGAAUCAACUGCAGCAGCAACAACAGCAGCAGCAGCAACAGCAACAACAACCCACCUGUGGCAGUCCAGGGGAGAAUUUGAAAGCAGGAGCGUUUCCCCCUCUGUUUUACAGUUCCCAUUAUCAGGACUGUAGUGUCCAGCCAGCUCAUAAAGCAUCAGGUAUGACCAGUCGCCUGCUGGGGCCUUCCUUUGAACCCUACUUGUUGCCCGAGUUGACAAGAUAUGACUGUGAGGUGAACGUCCCUGUUUUGGGCAGCUCUACGCUUCUGCAGGGAAGUGAACUGCUCAGAGCACUGGACCAGGCAACCUGAGCGAUCCUGCAAUAUUCUGUGGCCUAUACUGUUCAAAACAGCUUCAGUUUUUAAAUAUAUUUUUGCAAGUAGACAAUUUCUAAUACCAAUACACUGUUGCAGGAUUUUACUUAGAUAUUGAACCUGUCCACGUUACCAAAUAGUGGCCUUUUGAAGUUACUCACUUUAUUAUUCAUAUUAAAGAAAUACAUCUACUGUAUUUUCUCUAUUGCAAUUAAAGUGUUGUUUAGAGAGUUUGAUUACCCUUCCCUUAUAUCAUUACCUGUAAUUUAUACUCUGAAAUUUUCUUCAAAUUUCAUGCUAUUA